AUUGACACAGUCUCUCUCCAGGCAAUGUUCACAUGCUCCGAAUUGAAGCUUUUAGCUGGCCAGAGCUGGUUAAGCAAACAGACCGAGUCAUUUAAAUGCAAUGAUUAACAGGAAGCCAGGGGAGCAGGCACAGUUAACCACAGCCUUCCGCUGGGAGAAGAGGCUUGGUUCCGAGUUCCAGAGCGAUGCGGUGCCCGAAGGUCACUGAUAGUGAUUUCCAUGUGAGGACAGGUAGGGUCACUGACUUCCGGAACCUCCCUGGGGUGGGGCAUUUUUGUGUAGUAAUUGGUUGUAAGUUACUUGGAGGCUGGGCAAUGGAGUUACUUCAGAACUCUGUCAGUGGAGAAUGAAAAUAAAAGCAAGCUAAGAAGGGGAAAGGGAGAGAAGAACCCAGGAGCUGGGCUCAUCAGAAACACCUCCGUGUGGAUCAGACCCACAUCCAUGCAGGAUGACACUGGGACUUGGCGAAAAAGUAAGUUAAAGGAAGCUUUGCUCCAAUUCUGUCGCUAAAGACAAUUUGUUCAUUUCCUGCUUUUUGGAAGAUGGGCUCUUGGAAGUACAGUCUUUUUAGCCUAUCUCUUAUUGCUGCCUUGACGUUUAUGUUCAUUUACAAUAACAAAUUGUGGGAGAACAAUCAUUUCCCAAGGGCGAUUCCCAAUACUUCAGUCUUGGCAGAAGUCUGUUUUCAGAUGUUCAGUGGGGAGAGCUUUUAUGCCGUGGACAGCGCACGGAAAACCACCCUGGAAAAGUUCACCUGUUCCGAGUACAGGGUUCAAAAUCAUUACAUAACAGAGGCUCUCUCCGAAGAAGAAGCCCGUUUCCCUCUGGCUUUCACACUUACCAUCCACAAGGAUUAUGACACUUUCGAGAGGCUCUUCAGGGCCAUUUACAUGCCCCAGAACGUCUACUGUGUGCACGUGGACAGUAAGGCGACAGAGACCUUCAAAGAAGCGGUGAGGCAUUUACUGAGCUGUUUCCCCAAUGCCUUCCUGGCCUCUAGGAUGGAGCGGGUGGUCUAUGGUGGUUUCUCCCGGCUCCAGGCUGACCUGAACUGCAUGAGAGAUCUGGUGGCUUCCAAAGUCCCCUGGAAAUACGUCAUCAACACCUGCGGGCAGGACUUCCCUCUGAAAACCAACAGAGAAAUAGUUCAGUACCUGAAAGGAUUCAUCGGGAAGAAUCUCACCCCAGGGGUGCUGCCUCCCGCUCACGCGGUGGGAAGGACCAAGUAUGUUCACCAGGAGCUGUUAGACCUUAAAAAUCCCUACGUGCACAAUACAGCAAGAUUAAAGACCCCUCCUCCUCACAAUCUGACCAUCUACUUUGGCACUGCGUAUGUGGCCCUCACUCGGGAGUUUGCUAACUUUGUCCUCACAGACCAGCGUUCCCUGGACUUAAUCUCCUGGUCCAAGGACACCUAUAGUCCUGAUGAACACUUCUGGGUGACACUCAAUAGGAUUCCUGUGGCAGCCACCAUAUGUCUGCAUGCUCAGCUCCUCACGUUCUUCUUGUAGAGCUGGCCUGUCGCACCAUGGCUCUGAAGUCAUGGAGUCAAUAAUCCUCGGGUAGAAACCAUUCUCUCAAAAGAAUAUUGCAUCUGGCAGUUGGGUGGUGCGGUGUGUACACUUUUAAUCCUAGCUCUUGAAAGGUGGGGGCAGGAAGAUCAGGGGUUCGAGGUAAACCUCAGCUAUGUAAUAAGUUCAAGGGCAGCAAUGGUUCCAAGAGACCUUGUCUUACAAAACCUUUACUAUAUACAUAUACAGAGUUUUUCUUGUCAUUAUUCCCUACAUAAUAAAGUAU